AUGACAGACGCCGAACCCGCCUUCGUCUACAAAAUCAUACCGUCCACGUCCCCGGUGCGAGAGCCGCUACCGGACCGACUGCCGGUCAGCGAGAUCGACGAGAAGUCGAAAUUCAUCCACCUCUCCACGGCGUUCCAAGUGCCCAAUACGCUCAAGUUCUUUUUCCAAGAUGAACCUCUCAUCUACAUCCUUCGAAUCCCCUACUCUCGUGUAGCGCCACAUAUUCGCUGGGAAUCGCCUGAGGGCAAUGUAUGCGGACCGCGUCCCAAGGAGGGGUUGUUUCCCCACCUAUACAACGAUCUCAAGCUAGGCAAAGAUGAGGUUGAAAGUAUCGGCAUCUGGACGAACGAAGCGGGAUGGGACAAAGCUCUCUCCCAGGCUAGGCCGUGGCUUUUGUAUUGA